AUGGCAGGUGAUUCGCCUCAACCUGCUGCCACCGGCAAUGCCUUCGAUAUUGAAUCCAAGACCGGGGGUCUGCCAGCCGGAAAAGCAGACGCGGCGCUGGAGUUUCUUCGGACGGAAGAUGCGGCGCUCUACUCUGAAGUCGACGAGAAGAAACUGGUCCGCAAGAUCGACUGGAUGAUUAUGCCGCUGAUGUGGGCAGCGUAUAACCUGCAGUACCUCGAUAAAGUGCUCAUCAAUUAUGCCUCCGUUAUGGGCUUGCUCACCGAUACAAACAUGAAAACCAACGAGUUCUCCGACCUGACCCUCGGUUUCUACGUCACAUAUCUGGUGUUUGAGCUUCCGACGGGCUUUCUGAUGCAGCGGCUGCCAACGGCGAAGUAUUUGGGGGGCAAUGUUAUCCUAUGGGGUCUAAUGAUCACAUUAAACUGCACCGCACAAAGCUUUGCAGGGCUGAUGACGCUUCGGGUUCUACUUGGAUGUUUUGAGAGUGUAAUUGCACCCGCAUUGAUCCUGAUCACCUCUAUGUGGUAUAAGCGGAAUGAACAACCCACCCGCAUGGGAAUAUGGUACGUGGGCACUGGGACGGCGUCCAUCAUGGGCGCUCUGGUAGCAUACGGUCUCCUAUUCUACACGAGCAACCAGUUCCACUCAUGGCAGAUCAUGUUCCUGAUCUUCGGACUGAUCACCAUUGCCGUGGGAAUUUGCAUCGUCAUCUUCAUGCCCGACAACCCGAUGACAUCGCGACUGACACACGCCGAGAAGGUGAUGGCAAUUGAACGACUGCGCGAAAACCGCACCGGUAUUGAAAACAAGAAUUUCAAGCUAAAGCAAUGCCUCGAGGUCUUCCAAGACCCGCAGACCUAUUUCAUCGCCGUCAUCGUGGCUUCCUCGAACGUGCCCAAUGCCGCAAUGAGCAGCUUCACUUCCCUGAUCAUUGAGAAUUUCGGGUUCACUACCAAGCAAACCGAACUACUCAACAUCCCCAAUGGCGUAAUCAGCAUCAUCACCAUCGUAGCGGGAUCAUGGUACGCCGCGCGGUAUGAUCAGCGCUGUCUCUCCAUCGCGGCGUGCUAUCUAUGCGGUUUACUUGGCGGCUGCUUGCUCGCUUUCCCACCUAAGAGCAUGAGAGCCGCCCAGCUAGCAGGCAAUUACCUGACGCAGGUAACGGGCUCCGCACUGCCGAUGAUCUACUCCCUUGCCAGCGCCAAUAUCGCCGGCCACACGAAGAAAGUGACCAUGAACGCCGUGAUGCUCAUGUCGUUCUGCCUGGGCAAUAUUCUCGGUCCGCUCACGUUCCGCACCAAGGACGCACCUGAUUAUAUCCCAGCGAAGAUUGCGCUGGUCGUCACCACGGCCGUGGCGAUUAUCUUUUCGGUUUUGCUGAAGUGGUACUAUGCUUGGGAGAAUCGCCGGAGGGAUCGGAGACAUGAGGGACAGGCGCAUCAAGAGAAUUCGGAGUUUUUGGAUAUGACUGAUCGAGAGAAUCCGGAAUUCAGGUAUAAACCGUGA